GAAAACCAAUUGUCUGCUGCUUCGAGCGAGCGAGCAGAUUUAGGGUUUCACCCACAAUUCCCUGAUUCCACAUGAAAAAAAGCUUCGAGAUGAGGAAAAGAGUUAUCCGCGGGAGCGUUCCUGUUGGGAGUUUUACGAAUCUCGUUCUAGAAUCAUUUGGGAAGGGAUCAACGGUGGAAGAGAUCGUAGAUGACCUCCGUUUGAAGCACCGUGAAUGGGCUCGUUGGAAGCGCCAGAUUCUGUUGGUCAAAGUCAAGAAUAUCGUAAAUUCUAGGAGCAACGACAGGAAACAUGAAGAUGAAAGUAGGAAGAAACAGAGGCGAGAACAGAGCAAUUCGGAUUUAUGUAUAUCAUCAUCACCUUCACCUUCUUCUGGGUCCUCAUCCGGCAAUGUAUUGACAUCGGACGAUAAUAUGCAGUUUGAUAUUACUAAUGAUAGUCUACGCCUUUCUUACUCGGAGAAGAAGAAAGCUAGUGAAGAGGCAAGUAAGGGUUCGUAUGAUGUAGAGGUAAAAGGACCAACCUUUAAGGACUUGGGUGGGUUAAAUGGUAUUUUAGAUAAGCUCGCAUUUCUGGUGAAACUCCCUCUCCUAUGUCCUGACAUCGUACAAGCUAUUGGUAUGAAACCUAUUUCUGGGUUUUUACUUCAUGGUCCACCUGGUUGUGGCAAGUCUACACUAGCUUGUGCCAUCGCCAACGAAACUGGCGUGCCCUUUUAUAUGAUUUCCGCUGCUGAAUUGGUUUCUGGUGUUUCCGGUGAAUCUGAAGAGAAUAUCAGGGAACUCUUCUUUAAAGCUUAUAGGACUGCACCCUCCAUUAUAUUUAUUGAUGAGAUUGACGCAAUUGCAUCAAAGAGGGAGAAUCAGCAGAAAGGUAUGGAGACACGUAUCUUGACUCAGUUACUGAGUUGUAUGGAUGAGAAGUAUAUGCUCCUUAAGCACAAAGAGAAGAACGUUUCCUCUGGUGACCCUGGUUUUAAGCCUGGACAUGUAGUUGUAAUUGGAGCUACCAACAGGCCUGACGCUCUUGAUCCUGCGUUGAGGAGAUCUUUGCGAUUCGACCGGGAGAUCUGCCUUGGUGUCCCAGAUCAGAAAGCCAGAGAAGAGAUUUUCUCUGUGGCAACCCGCGGCCUUACGCUGGAUAGCAAUUUCGACCGUGCAAGCAUUGCUAGUCUGACUUCCGGAUUCGUGGGUGCUGAUUUUGAUGUUUUGGCCAAGGAGGCUGGCAUGGUGUUAGCUCAGAGAAUUAUAUAUUCUAGAAAAUCAGGACUUUGUACCGACAUUGAUUCUUUGAUGAGGCAACCAAUCUCAGAGGAAGAGAGGAAACAACUUGUCUGCACUACCUCAGAUUUCAUGGAAGCUCUGAAAGAGGUUCAACCUACUUUAACUAGAGAAGGAUUCUCUACUAAGCCUAAUGUAACGUGGGAUGAUGUUGGUGGCCUUGAUAAUUUAAAACAGGAGUUCUAUGAACAUGUAAUUCGACCAUUAAAAUUUCCUGAACAAUGCAAGGGAUUUGAAUUUUGUUUAGACACCGGAUUUUUGCUCUUUGGACCACCAGGGGUUGGUAAGACGCUAGUUGCGCAGGCUGUUGCUAAUGAGGCAGGAGCCAACUAUAUCCACGUUGAGGGUCCAGAGCUUCUAAGCAAAUAUGUGGGAGACACGGAAAAGGCUAUAAGGGAGUUAUUUAGUCGUGCUAGGAGGUGCUCACCAUGCAUAGUCUUCUUUGAUGAGGUGGAUGCUUUAACAUCAAAACGUGGUGAGCAAGGUGCUUGGGUUGUUGAACGAUCUUUGAUUCAGUUACUCGCUGAAUUGAGUGGUGGAAAAAAACGAGGAGGUGUAAUUGUGAUUGCUGCUACAAACAGGCCUGACAGGAUGGACCCCGCUGUUCAAAGGGCGGGCAGGUUUGGGAGACUAUUCUAUGUAACACUCCCAAAUGCUGCCCAACGUUUUUCAAUUCUGAAAUCUCUGGUGAGGGGUAUCACUGUUCCAAUUGACCCAACGGUUGAUUUAAAUGCCAUAGCGGAGCGUUGUGAGAAUUGUAGUGGUGCUGAUCUUAAAUCGUUGGUAAAUCGAGCGGCUUUUGCCGCCUACAGAGAUACUAGCUCAACCAGUAAGCGCAUAAUCAAGAUGGAUCAUUUUGAGCAAUCUUUGUCUGCACUCAGACCGUCUCUCACAAAUCAGCAACUAAGAGAGUACGAGGAAAUUUGCGAAAAGUUUGAUAAAGCCGCCAAGUGAAGAGACAUAUUGACUUGAGUUAUUUUUCUUUACAUGACAUGUCUGAAUUAAGAACAAAAAAAAACUCUUGUUAUGUUGUGUUUCCGAGUCUUAAAUUAAACGAUUAAGGAGAUUUUAUCGGAUUACGUUUUUUGGAAGGAUUUGCUUAUUUUUCCACUUAACCAUGGUAUUCUGAUAUUCUCUUUACCUAUGAUUUUUAACGAGGAAAUUGAUAA